AUGAAGAACAAAAACAAGAAGUUAUCAGCCUAAGAUGGAAAAUUUAUUUAUGAAGGAGAUAUAAUUACAGAUGAUAAAUCAAAAUAGGUACUUUAUGAUGGUCCAGGAUAUCUAUUUAAUAAUGAAACAAAGUGUUUUUUCAAGGGAACAUGGAAAAGAGGCGAGAAAGUAUGUGGAAUUGAAACUUUCCCAAAUGGUGAUGUAUAUGAAGGUUAAUUCAAAGAUGGAGUAUUUAAUGGUAGAGGUUUGCUUUAUAAUAAUGUUCAACUCUAUCCUGGUAAAAAAGGUUAAUACCUCUAUGAUGGGUAAUUUGAGUAGGGAUAAAAACAUGGUUUUGGUAAAGAAACUUACAUUACAGGGGGACGUUAUGAAGGAUCGUUUAAGUACAAUUAGAAGCAUGGAAAUGGCAAAUUAGUAUUUUCUGAUGGAUCUUAUUAUGUUGGUGAUUUUUAGAGAGGUAAUUAUAUUCUUAUUAAGUUUAGGAUUACCUAAUGGAUUUGGAGUUCAAGUUGCUUAUUCUAAGGAAAGAAUAAUUGCUGUAUUCCCUCCACCUUAUAAUAAUGAAGGUAGAAUGGACUCAUAAUAGAAUGAGGAAAUUUAAGAUCACGAAUAAGAAAAAGAAAAAAGAGAAUACUUAUAUGAAGGUGAUUUUGCAGAUGGAUAUAAACAUGGGAUUGGAAGACUCUAUUAUCCUAAUGGUUCUUAUAUAUAUGCUUAUUGGGAAUAUAAUAAACCUGCUCGUGAUUUUAUUGAGUAUAUUGCUGAAGGUCAUAAAUGGAGAAUUCUUAAUGUUAAAUAAUUAUAGACAGAAUAGAGUAUUAAUUUCUUCAAGAUCAUACGAGACAAUAGACCUGAAUGGAUUGAGAAAUAUCCAAUAAAAGGGAAUAGCUAUCCUCCUGCUGAAUUAGAUGGUUAUAAAGUACUUAUUGAUGAAAAAGGAUUGAAAAGAGAAGAUUUUGAAGAUCCAGAAUUUGAUUAUACUGAAUAAUCUUUUAGCAUUAAGGAUGAAAAUGAUUAACCUGUUGGAGCACCAAUUGAAUUUGAAAGAAUAUAUACAUCUAAAUACUUCAAGAAGAAAGAAUUUAAACUCUUCACUAAAGAGAUAUAACCUGGUUAUUUAAAAUACUCAGAAUAAUAUUGUUGUUAAUAAUUAACAGUUGUAUUAAAUGCACUUACAUUUCAUUCUUAUCUUUUAUCUAAAGUAUUUUCUAGAAAAUAUGAAGCCGAGUAAUUAUAAUAUUUAAUAAUCUAGAAUUGGAUUUUAUUUCAUUAAACUAUUUUUAAGAAAUGAAUGGAAAGAAUUUAUUGUAGAUGAUCGUAUUCCAGUAUUCAAAUCUGAUAAAAUGCCUAUAUUUUCUAAUUCUUAAGAACCAGAAUUAGCAUGGACUAUAUUAUUCAAAGCAUUUGCAAAAUACAAUUAAUCUUUUCAAUAUUUUUCAAAUGAUAAAAUAAUGAGGGCAGUUGAAUAUUUAACAUUGCUGACAGGUAUGCCAACUGUAUAAUUAUCAGUCCCUAACAUCUUUGGGGAUAAUCAAGAAUAUUCUGAUUAAGUAUUAUAUUGUAAAUAUUAUAGUAAAAAAAAAUAUGGAGAACUAUGGCAUAGAAAUAUUAAAAUACUAAAGUCAGAAUUUGUUAUUUAUAUAAAGAUAUGGAAGAUCGAUUAAAAUUACCUAGAAAUACAGCCUAUUAAAUUGUUGAUAUGCAAGAGUCAUCAUUAGGCAAAAGAGAUGAAUCAUAUUAUCUACUUAUUCUUGCAUCAAAUUAAAAACUUGCUUUAAAAUAAGAAAUAACUAAUUAAAUUUCAUUAGCUAGAUAAAAAUUAUAGGAAAGAAAUCCUUAAGUUAGAGGUAAUGAUUGUUACUUCUUUAUGGAAUAUAAAGAUUUUAUCAAAAAUUUUCAAUAUGUAUAUGUCUUAUGUGCUUCCAGAUAUCCAAUACAAAAUCAAUAAUUGAUAGAACCUGAAGAUAAAGAUAAAUAUAAUCAUGAAUUAAGGUUCUUUUGUAAAUUUAGAACAAAUUUAGCUUAAGAUUGCUUAAUAUGUAUUACUUAAGAUCAUUAAGAAAAAUAGGAUGAAUAUGUUAUUUAAGAUAGUAAUUUAUAAAUGAUUAUAUAUUAGAAACAUUUCCUGUAAGAAUUGUACUUGCCAAACAAAAGGAUUUAUUUACUAAUAAAAAUUAAGUAAAGAAAAAGAUUGUAUCAAGAUGGUAAGAGUAAGCCAAUCGUUCAAAAUAAGAAAGAGAAAAAGAUAAAAAGGAAGAAACAAUUAAAGGUGAUAUGAAAUAUGGUUCCAUAUUUGAAUAAAAUUCUGAUAAAAAACAACUUAAUCCAUACAAAUAUUGUUUUGGAAGAGGUUAAUCUUCAGAGAAAAUGUUAUUUAAGGAUGUAUCUUUAGAAAGUGGAGAUUAUGUAUUAUUUGUGUAAGUUGAAACAGGAGAUAAUAAAGAAUAAUUUGAUUUAAAAAAAAUGAAGUUUUGGAUUACAAUUCAUAGUCAGAAACUGAUAUAGAUUCAAAGACUUGAUUAAUAAAUUUAAGGAUUCUAAAAAUAAGUAUAUGAGAGUGCUAUAGCUAUUGCAGAUAAACAUUCUUAAGAUACUCAAAAAAUUAAAUAUUUUCAUAAAGGAGAUCUAAGUGAAUAAGAAAAUGGAAGUAGUGAUCUUGUAAUUACUUAAUAUUUUAUAAAAAAAGAAGGAACAUAUUUAUAACAUUUACAUAAUAAAAGUACUAAUAAAAUUUGGAGAUAGAAAUUGUAUUUUAAAUUAGAUAAUAUGUAAAUUAUUGAUCAUAGAGAAUCUCAAAAAUUAGAUAUAUGUUUAUCUAAAAAAUAAACAGCUUUAAUAAUUAUUUAACAAGUUGGAGCAAAAAAAUAUAAUUUAGAAGGAGGAGAAGGAAUUUGUAUUGUGGAUUUAUUACAUGAUGAACAUGCAGAUGAGGAAUAGGAAAUAAAGAAUCAAGAUGUUGGAAGUUUUCAAGAGGAUACAUAACAAAUCUUCUAAUAGAAUUCAUCAAAACCAAAAUUUGGAAGUUUACUUUUUAAAAAUUGA